AUGCCGCCCUCACUUCGGGUCAUACCGAACGCUGCGUCCCGCGCCGUCUCCCUCCUGCGGACGAUCCAGGCGCAUCCGCCAUCGUGCCCGUGCCACACCAACCCUGGCCAUCACCACCACCACAACCCGCUUAACUUCGCACCGCGGCCACUGCGGACCAGCAGCAGCAGCCGUGGCUUCGCCACUCCCGUGGACGGACCGCAGAAGGAGUACGCCUUCGAGAUGGCCGCCUCCUCCAUCCGCUUCGGCCCGGGCUCCACGCAGGAGGUCGGCAUGGACUUCGCCAACAUGGGCGCCAAGCGCGUUGCCGUCGUCACCGACCCCACCGUCGACGGCCUCUUCGCCAUGCAGCAGGUCCGCGAGGCCCUUGACCGCGAGGGCAUCAACUACAAGGUCUACAAUCAGACGCGCGUCGAGCCCAAGGACAGCAGCAUCCGCGAAGCAAUCGACUGGGCCCGCCCGUUCGCCCCGGACGCCUUCCUCGCCGUCGGCGGCGGCUCCGUCAUCGACACGGCCAAGCUCAUGAACCUCUACUCGUGCUACCCGGAUGCUCCCUUCCUCGACUUCGUCAACGCGCCCCUCGGCAAUGGGCGGCCUGUCGACAAGGCCCUGAAGCCCCUCAUCGCCGUGCCCACGACCGCGGGCACCGGCUCCGAGACGACAGGCACCGCAAUCUUCGACCUCGUCUCGAAGCGCGCCAAGACGGGUGUCGCGCACCGCAACCUCAAGCCCACGCUCGGCAUCUGCGACCCGCUCAACACGCGCACCAUGCCCGCCGCCGUUAAGGCCGCCUCGGGCCUCGACGUGCUCUGCCAUUCACUCGAGUCCUGGACCGCGAUCCCCUUCCACGAGCGCGUGCCCCGACCCAAAAACCCCAUUCUGCGCCCGGCCUACCAGGGCGCCAACCCCAUCAGUGACGUCUUCUCCUUCCACGCACUGAGAGCGACGGUCAAGUAUCUCCCUCGCGCCGUCAAGAAUCCGGACGACUACGAGGCGCAGAGCGAGAUGCUCCUCGCCGCGACGCUGGCCGGCGUGGGGUUCGGCAAUGCCGGCGUCCAUCUCUGCCACGGCAUGUCGUACCCCAUUUCGGGCCAGAACCCGGGCUACCAGCACGCGGGCUACAAGGUCUCGUACCCCAUCAUCCCGCACGGCGUCUCCGUCGCCGUCACGGCGCCUGCCGUCUUUCGUUUCACGGGCGCCUCGAACCCGGAGCGCCACCUGCAGGCCGCCGAGGUCUUUGGCGUCGACGUCUCGCGCGUUCGCAAGGAGGACGCCGGCGCGGUGCUCGCCGACGCGCUGGCCCGGUUCCUCGCCGACCUCGGCGACCAGCCGGCGGGCAUCAGGGACUUGGGCUUCGGCGCCGAGCACCUGGACGACCUCGUCGAGGGAACGAUCCCGCAGGCCAGGGUAUUGAUGCUGGCCCCCGGGCUGGAGACGGAGCUGCAGAAGGAGAGGGAGCAGUUGAGGGGUCUGUUCGAGGCCGCGAUGGUGCACUCAUGA